AUGGAUUUCGAACUGCCCUUGCGCCCGCAGUUGCCACAUAAUUCAAGCUCGAAUGAUCCACGGUUUCUGCGUGAUCUGGGCUUGCUUGAUCUGCUGGAGAACGAUCCUCGGCCAACAUUCGUAUUAGAUAACACGAGCGCACGGAACUCGGUCCUUGAACUCUAUCUUGUCUUCUGCAACACUGCGCUGGUAACCGCGGGGUCAGGAGUAUUGCAGAGCGCCAUUAGCGGGAGCCAUAACAAUCAUAAGAUUCCGGGAGAAGACGCUGCAUCUGUCUCGCAUUUCCGGAACUGGUCCUACCAGCAACCCUCAAUUCCGAACAAAUCUUUGCCUUUCUGUGGCUACAGUUGGACAAAAUGUCUGAUCGCCCAGCGUUUGGUGGUUGUGAGCGGUCAACUCAUCAAACCUGAUGGAGGUCUGAAGGCAAAUGGGGGGUCUCUUUCCAAGAAGAUCUCAAGGUCAAACUUCGCGACAUUCGAUUGGACAGACGAUCCUCCUCCUAUGAAGUUAUCUGCACAUGUUACCUGGGCACGAAGUAUUAACUGGGCGAAUACACCACUAGGCCCAAUGAAAGAAUGGCCUCCGCAACUUCGCAGCAAUGCCAGCCUCAUCAUGAUGGACUCACGGCCGGCCGUUGGAUUCUAUGGACCUGAACUCAUAAUGAUUUACAACGAGUCUUACAUCGAACUUCUUGGUGGCCUGCACCCAUGCAUGGGUCAUAGUGCUCGAAAAGCCUUGGCUCAAGUUUGGAGCGAAUAUUUCGAGCCGAUCAUCGAGCGGAACCUGGCUGGCGAGACAGUCGACAAUUCCCAGACUGAAAUCCCCCUAGUGCGCAACGGCUACCUGGAAGAGACAUACUUCUCUACCCGCUUUAUACCAAUCUUCGAUUCUCAAGGGGCUACAAUCGGCCAUUACGAACCAGUCGUCGAAACGACUAAAGAAGUUCUUCUGGAGAGACGUUCGGGAACACUCAUGGAAUUGAGCCAGGAACUGCCUCGAGCCCGCAAGUCGAACGCCUAUUGGGACCAUGCUGUCCAAGUGAUCUCUCGUAACAGCAAAGAUGUCCCAUCUGCUUUAUUCUAUUCCACAGAGACAGGCGGCAGUAGCCAGGACUCGACUGGUACAGAUGGAACGGCUGACAGCCAGUAUCAGUGUAAACUUCGACGAUUCAUUGGAUCAGUCGAGAACCCAUUCGCCAGCAUUGACAGACUUGAUCUACGGAAGUCUCAUGGCACAAUCAAACUUUUCAAAAGGGCUAUCAUUGCUGACCAACCCGUCACCGUAGAUCUUCUUCAAGAUCCCGACGCACAAGACUUGGCAAAAGCACUUCAGCCGCAAGGCUCCAGCGAUGUAUGCAAACUCGCGGUUAUAUGUCUUUUGCAUCCACCGUCUUCCAAAGAAACUAUACUUGGUUUCAUGGUUCUUGGCUUAAGUCCUCGACGACCGUACGACAAAGCCUACUCACAAUUUGUGUAUGAAGCAGCUCGUUUAGUGUCCGCUCCGUUAGCAUCACUGAUAUUACAUGAAAAGGAUAUUGGACGGCGAGAAAAGGCCAUUACUACUGCCGAGCUCAUCAAGACCGAGCUCAAACAACAACUAGCAGAAUCUCAGCUGGAGGCGGACCGUGGUCAUACGAGGUUUCAGCGUUUCGCGGAGCGAAGCAAUGUUGGUAUCUUCACCAUCGACAUGAAAAUGCAAGGCACCUACUCUUACCGUAAUGAGGCCUGGUUCGAUAUUUGUGGAACACAGGACCAGAGUCUUGCCCUCGGCGACGUAUGGGCCGCCAUUGUUGAUGAUGAGUUCAUCGCUGUCGGCAAGAACAAGUUCGGCGCGCUUGCAACGACAAAAGAACCCCAAUCCUUCGAAUUGCGUCUCAAAAGUACUUGGCGCAUGCCUGCAAACGACGUGAACGACUCAAUAUCUGAGGAACGACACAAAUGGGUCCUCUGUUCGAUCUUCCCGGAACAAUCGCUCGACGGUGAGAUCGUUGAGAUUAUCGGCUGUAUAACAGAUAUAUCCCAACAAAAAUGGGGCGAGCAAAUGCAAGCAGCUCAAGCAACUCGAGCAAAGGAAUCAAAAAGACAGCUGGAGAGCUUCAUCGAUACUACAUCGCACGAGAUGCGAAAUCCUCUGUCCGCGAUCGUCCAGUGCGCGGACAGUAUCAUAUCUGCACACAAGGCUUUCGAACAAUCAACAUGUUGCGACGAGAACUACCAAAAGACACUGCUUUCGACGGUAGAUUCCGCCGAGACAAUUGUCCAAUGUUCCAAGCACAUGAAGACCAUAGUAGAUGAUGUCUUGACUAUCUCCAAACUAGACUCGGGUCUCUUUGCGAUGACCCCAAUCGACGUAGAGCUCGAGUCAACUGCACGGGACGCGGUCAAGAUGUUUGAGGGCGAAGCCAAGGCAGCCGGUGUAAACCUGCAGUUCCACAUUGAUGAUUCUUGCAGGCAACACGGCAUUGCUAACGUAUCGCUUGACCCCACUCGAGUGCUGCAGAUUCUCAUCAAUCUGCUCACCAAUGCUAUCAAGUUCACACGGCUGGAGGUUAAGAGGGAGAUUGUGGUUAUCUUGAGUGUAUCGCUUGAGCGGCCCACACACAACGCCGACGAUCGGGUGGCAUACAUACCGAGGUCUGAAGGUCAUGAGGCUAAGACAUUACUGGCGGACUGGGAGCAGGGCGAGAGUGUUUUCGUACGAUUUUCUGUUCAAGACACUGGAACUGGCAUGACCGAUGCGCAGCAUCACCUCCUCUUCACACGCUUCUCGCAAGGAUCACCAAGAACACACAUCGACUACGGAGGCUCGGGCCUCGGGCUCUUCAUCUCACGGCGACUAACCGAAAUGCACGGCGGCGCCAUCGGCUUCACAUCCAAAAAAGGAGUCGGCAGCACUUUUUCCUUCUACGUCCAAAGCCGCAGGAGCGAUUCAACAGUGCGCAGGCGAGAGAGCGUUGACUCCAACUCAGCCACAGUCAACACAGGCAUCCAAGCCCACAAGACGCUUAUGCGCAGCAAAUCCUACAAUGAGACUACGCCACACCCAUCGCGUACGAGCUCGCAAGAUAAGGAUGUGCCUGAUAGCGAUCUUCAUAUUCUUAUUGUUGAGGAUAAUCUGGUCAAUCAGCGGGUUCUGGCGAAGCAAUUGCGCAACGUCGGCAUGAAUGUCGCAGUCGCCAAUCACGGAGGAGAAGCAUUGGAGUACUUGAAAGGAACCAAAUACUGCAAAGCCGACGGUUUCGGCAACGAGCUGACGCUGAUUUUGAUGGAUUGGGAGAUGCCUGUGAUGAACGGGUUGGAAUGCGUGGCAAACAUCCGGAAGAUGCAGGGAGAGGGUGUCUUGAACGGUUAUGUCCCUGUCAUUGCAGUGACGGCGAAUGUCAGGUCUGAGCAGGUGGAGACAGCGUUGCAAGCUGGCAUGGACAAUGUCAUAUCGAAGCCGUUUAGGAUACCGGAGCUGUGCGCUUGUAUACAGAAGACGUUGCGCAAUACAGCGCCGGCUGAGGGCACGAAGUUGGGAUGA